CCGACCGACAAUUUUGCGGAAGCUAUCUUUCUUCUCUGCGUCUUUCCUCAUUUCCCCCCAAAAUUAUGAACCCUAGUCCCCUCAAAAACAACCCUAAUUAGUUCAUUCUCGUUUCUGCUUUUAACUCCCCCAGUUCUCCUAGGGCGAGUUUUUUCAUCAAUUUUGCACCUGAAAUUUCAUAUUUAUCUCUCGGGGGAAAAAUCAAAGAUGGAUGGAAACAAAGAUGAUGCCUUCAAAUGCUUGAAAAUCGGGAAAGAAGCGUUGGACGCUGGAGAUCGAGCCCGUGCGCUCAAGUUCCUCUCCAAAGCACGUCGCCUUGACCCAACACUUCCCGUUGACAAUCUCAUAUCGCAAGCUGUCGAAAGAGAAUCCAACGAUCAACCCGCGCCGGAAUCUUCCAGCGCCACCCAAGAUCAUUCUGGUACUUCUCCAUCCAAGCCGUCUGAUCAACCCUCAAUUCGCCAUAGGUCUCGAUCAAAUGGGUCUGCUGCUUCUUCUUCUUCUUCGACGGCAGCAGUUGCAGAUUCUUACACUGAAGAACAAAUCGCGAUCGUGAAACAAAUCAAGAAAAAGAAGGAUUAUUAUGAAAUUCUGGGGUUAGAGAAAACUUGCUCCGUUGAAGAUGUUCGAAAGGCUUAUCGAAAACUCUCCUUGAAAGUUCACCCUGACAAGAACAAAGCUCCCGGGGCUGAGGAAGCGUUUAAGGCGGUUUCAAAAGCGUUUCAGUGUUUAAGCAAUGCAGAAAGUAGGAAAACCUAUGAUCUUGUAGGAUCAGAUGAACCUUCUUACGAAAGGAGAGCUUCAGCAUAUCGUGGUGGAGGCAAUGGAUUUAAUGGCUUCUAUGAUACCGAUUUUGACGCUGAUGAGAUAUUUAGGAGCUUCUUUGGUGGAAUGGCUCCUGCAAAUACUCAAUUUCGUACUUUCCAUUUUGGGCCUGGAAUGGGAGCUAGAACAGGGGAUCAGGGAUCUACUGGAUUCAAUAUCCGCACGCUGAUUCAGCUGUUGCCUGUUCUGUUAAUUCUCUUGUUGAACUUUUUGCCCUCUUCUGAGCCUCUUUUUUCGCUGUCCAGGUCGUAUCCUUACGAGUACAAGUUCACAACUCAAAAGGAUGUUAAUUAUUAUGUGAGAACGACUAAUUUUGAGCAAGAUUAUCCUGUUAAUAGUCCUGAGCGUGUAAGGAUCGAGGAGCUUGUUGAGAGAGAAUAUUAUAAGGUUUUGGCACAGAAUUGUAGGCUUGAGCUGCAGCGGCGGCAAUGGGGGUUUAUUCGUGAGAUACCACAUUGUGAGAUGUUGCAGAAGUUUCAGUCGGCAGCUUAAUCGCUUCCAUUAAGGUGGCAGACAAUGAAAAAGGCCACGCUUUUCAGUUUGAGCUCUCUGCUUUCUAUGCUAUGCAACGUCACAGCAAGAACGAUUGGAUUCACGAUUCCCUACUGGACAAUACUCGUGACACGAUGAAAUAUUUUUC